CCGCCGCAGGUGCUCAAGCAGGUCUGGCAGAGCGGCGAGCGCUACACGCUCGACCAGUUCGAGGCCAAGUCCCGCGCCUUCUCCAAGGCCCACCUCGCGGGCCUCCGCGACCCGACCCCGCUCCACGUCGAGUCCCUCUUCUGGAAGGCGUCCGCCGACCGCCCCAUCUACGUCGAGUACGCCAACGACGUCCCGGGAUCCGGCUUCGCCGCCUCCUCGCAAGCGCAUCUGCAGCACAGGAACCGGAGACGGGAUCCUGGGACCACCCACCAACAAGCGGCGGAGGACAAGUCCGUAGGGUGGAGGCUGUCCAGCAGCCCCUGGAACCUCCAGGCCAUUGCGCGGGCUCCCGGCUCGCUCACCCGCUUCAUGCCCGACGACGUUCCGGGGGUCACUUCUCCCAUGGUGUACAUUGGGAUGCUCUUCAGUUGGUUCGCCUGGCAUAUCGAGGACCAUGAGCUGCACAGUCUCAACUUCCUCCACACCGGCGCGCCCAAGACGUGGUAUGCCGUUCCUGGGGAUCGGGCUGCCGAGCUCGAGGAAGUUAUCCGUGUGCAUGGAUAUGGAGGCAAUCCUGACCACCUUGCGUCGCUGGCAGUGCUCGGGGAGAAAACUACAUUGAUGUCCCCCGAGGUCAUUGUCGCCGCUGGUCUGCCCUGCUGUAGAUUGGUACAGUAUCCUGGUGAGUUUGUGGUCACAUUUCCAAGGGCCUACCAUAUUGGAUUUAGUCAUGGAUUUAAUUGCGGAGAAGCUGCCAACUUUGCAACUCCCCAGUGGUUGAAGUUUGCCAAAGAGGCUGCCGUUCGAAGAGCUGUCAUGAAUUAUCUUCCAAUGCUCUCUCAUCAACAGCUACUGUAUUUGCUAGCAGUUUCCUUUAUAUCCAGAUCCCCCAGAGAAUUAUUGUAUGGAGUUCGAACCUCUCGUUUGAGAGACCGGAGAAAAGAAGAUAGAGAACUACUGGUCAAACAGGAAUUUUUACAGGAUAUGAUUAGUGAAAAUGAACUUCUGUGUUCUUUUCUCAAAAAGAAAUUAAUUUCUAAUGCUGUUCUAUGGGAGCCGGACUUACUGCCAUCUUCUACUGCUCUACAUUCCUGCUCCUCUGGCCCAAAAGCUCCUGGGAAGGCUGGUGAUGGUCACAGUAUCGAAUCUAUCCCCAGAGAAAAAGGUUCAUCUGAUGGUAUUGUACGUAUGCCUGCGAUACAACCUAAAUGCAUGUCUAUGGAUAGCACAUCGUCUGAUGCUAUGUCUGCUUCUGAGGGGCAAAAACUUGAUACGGAGACUGAUGAGGACAGUGACCUGCCUUUUGAUUUGAGCAUUGAUUCUGGCUCAUUGACCUGUGUUGCUUGCGGAAUUCUUGGCUUUCCAUUUAUGGCAAUUUUACAACCCUCCCAAAAAGCAUUGGAAGAGAUGUCCCUUGUUGAUAGGGAAAGAUUCAAGCUGAAUUGUGAAAAAGGGAACCAUUCAAAUGUACCUCCAUGUUCUUCUGAUGACGGCAAUUCAGGAUGCCCAUUUGUUGCCAAUCGACCUUCCAGCCCUGUAGAACAGGCUAACUUCAGUCAUCAGAACGGGAAUUCACAUAAAGAUGGCGUUUACUUUACAGAUAAGGAACUUGAUGGACCCCUGCCGCCUCAUGUUAAGAGUUCACAUUCUUGCAGCAGUGAAAAUACCCUUCAUCCGUCCAUUAACACAGAGAAAGCCGAGACGAAUAUAUCGAACAAUGGUUUUGAUACAGAAUCAAGUAAACAAACUGGCAGAGAUGACAUUGAUGCGCAAGCCUUAGAAAGUUGUGCCGGCACUACCAAUUGGAAUAUAACUUCUGCAUUUGUACGACCACGAACCUUUUGCUUGCAACAUGCCCUUGAGAUCGAGGAACUGCUUGAAGGCAAAGGUGGUGCACAUUCCCUCAUCAUUUGCCAUUCAGAUUACACGAAGCUAAAAGCAUUGGCAAUAUCAAUUGCUGAGGAAAUCGAGUUUCAGUUCGACUGUAAAGAUGUUCCACUUGCAAAUGCAUCCAAAUCUGAUCUACAUCUAAUCAACAUUUCAAUUGAUGAUGAGGGGUAUAACGAAGAUGGUAGAGAUUGGACGUCACAGAUGGGUCUAAACAUGAAAUAUUUUGCCAAGCUUAGGAAAGAAACACCAGGGAGUCAAGAGCAACCCCCUUUAUCCUUUUGGAAGAGAUUGGAUACCACAGAGAAGCCCUCUUCACCUAUUUCUGUUGUUCCAAAUCUCAAAUGGCUCUGCCGGAGAACACGAACACCAUACAGGGUUGUUGGUCAUGUUUCCAGUCAUAAUGCCACAGUAACUCCUGAGAAAGUUAACCCUGCAGUUACAACGACUAAGAUGGGAGCUUGUGGAAAUGGUUACGAGAAUGGCAAAAAACAGCAAACUGCUGAGCAAGUUGCCUCCCUUCAGCCAAGUAGGUUGCAAGAAGCCGACGGUAUGGCUAAUAUGUACAUGUGCUCUGAGGACAGUGAUCAAGACAUGCACUCUCUGAGUGAUAUUCCUAUUGCUCUUGCUGAAUAUCCAAUGAUGCAUCAAGUUUGUGAAGGUCCAGUAAGUAUUGGCACCUGUGAACUUGACGGUCUCAUAAGUGCUAGUACUUCUGAUGAUUCAGUUUGUUCCGUGAAUUCUCAUGAUUCACCUGCGAUGUCAGAUGACAAACAGAAUUUUGUCUUCCAACCAGAUGAGUUGACUAGUUCGGCGACUACGGCUGUGCAGCAGUUCCAUGACAAUGAAGGUAUGACUGCUGAAGGCAGCAGCAAUCAUGAAAACAUAGGUUCUUAUAAUAUUACUGCAGAGUGCAAAGAUAAACAGCUGCAAGUUCAACAGCAGCAGGAGAACAUUAAGUUUUGUAAUAAUGCUGACAGAAACUUGGCCACUGAAGCAGCGCCCUCUGAAAAUGAGGAGAAUCUUGAGCUGACCUCUGUUGCUGAUGAUGUUGUGGUCAGUGGUGAGUUGCAGGCAAUACACAAUCUAGAAAUGCCAAUCGAUUCUUUAGAACAAGUACAAGUUGAUACCAGCCAUUUUGGUGUCAAGGCCAUGAAGCUCAAGAAUGGUAUUCCCACUGAGUUACAGCAUGGGUAUUCAAAGAGUGAUGUCAUCCUCUUGGAGGGCGUGAGAGCUGCUUCGCCGAAAGCAGUCUUUGGAGAAAAUAGAAAUUCAGUUCAUGCAGGAUCGGACUCUCUUGAUAUUUUACUUGGAGUUUUAGCGGAAGAUUCCAUGCUAGCAGAUGCUCCUGGAAAGGAUGAGGUUGACAAUGCUUCCUUGGCACUAAUGACACUGGCUAGCAAUGACCACUCUGCGGAUGAUGUUGCACAAGAUGAAGUUUUAAAGACGUCUAGCUCUUGUGUUGGCACAUCUCUUUCAUGCCAGGUGCAGACUUUGUCCAAUUUGGCAACUGAUAGAUUGCUUGGUAUUCAGAAUCCUAAUAGAGAGAAUGCUGAAGAAAUUGGUGUCUGGAACUGCCAGGGUUUGAAGAGUGGAAGAGGAAUAGCUGACAUUUCAGCAAAUUGUGUGGCCAAAACAGGUGAAAAUUCAGGUGCGCCAAAAAAGUAUCAGUAUGGUGAUCAACCAGACUUAGUGUCUAGAAGCAUUGGAAGCUCGAAAAGAACAGACAUCAUAUACUAUGUUAGACGCAAGCGGAAGCGCAAAAGAAAGAGGGAAUCUGAGUUACUAACUGAGAGUUCACAAAGUCUUGGGAGCUUUGCCCGCUCCCCAUGCGAGAGCUUGAGACCCAGGUCUAAACCUUCAGUAAUUGAAGAGACGGUGGAGCAAACUGAAACCGUAAAAGCUUCAGCUGGAACUAAGGGUAAAAGGACUAAGGUGGUGGAGUUAUUCCAGUGCGAUAUUGAAUCUUGCGACAUGACGUUUGAGAGCAGAGCCGAUCUCCGUGCUCACCAGCACAACAUCUGCACCGAGGAGUCGUGCGGCAAGCGUUUCGGCUCGCACAAAUACUUGAGGCGUCACCAGUGCGUCCACAGCGACGAGAGGCCGUUCAAGUGCCCCUGGGAUGGCUGUGGGAUGACCUUCAAGUGGCUGUGGGCACAGACUGAACACGUGAGGGUCCACACUGGAGAGCGCCCCUACAAGUGCUCCGCUCCUGACUGCGGGCAGAGUUUUAGGUAUGUCUCGGACUACAGUCGUCAUAGAAGGAAGUAUAAUCAUCAUUGAUUGUUCGCAGCUGGGGGCAAAAGCUCCAGCUGCUUUGUUGUAACUGCAUUAUUUGUUGUAGCAGGCUAGCAGGUCACAACGACUGACAGCUGGUAGGCCUAGUGUUAAUUCCUUUAUUAACAAUGUGCCUUGUUUAGUCUAGAAAGUAGAAUUAAUUUUGGGGUACAAAAGGAGGCUUACCCCUUCUGCAUCCAGAUGUAGAUUUGCAUAAGCUGAUAUCCCAACUGACACAGUGUCCCUUCAUUCUUUAUUUGGUCUGUUCAGUGCUGUAUCUAAUCCCUGGUAAAGUUUAUCAAUGUUAUGAAGCCAGUAUGUUCUCGAAA